AUGAAUGCUAAUAAUACUGAUAAUGUUAUUAAUGAAAUAGAAAAUGAAAGAAAUGAUAAACAAUUACCUCAAGUACAAGGCAUUAAAGAAAAGAAAGACAAAGAAUUAUUAAAGAAAAUGAAAUAUAAAAGUGUUGAUAAAAAUAUUGGGAUUCAAUCUCUUUAUUUUGCUAUUCUUUCAACAAUGGGAUAUACUUUAUUACUUGAAAAACCAAAAAAACAUAAAACUAAAACAUUAACAACAAUUCAAUUAUAUCAAUUAUAUGAUCAAAAUGGAAUAUGUGUAUUUAAUAGGGAUUGUAUCUUUGAAAAAGCAAAACAAUUAAACAUUGGUUUAAACCGUCCUAAUAAAGAAAGAAUAAUUCGACAAUUUAUUUUAAAUGAAACAAUUAAUUCUAUUAUUCAAAUUAUUCAAAAUAAUCCAUUAGUUUCUAUAAUAGAAGGAAGGUCAAAGAAAAAUAUUGUUAAUGAAGAAGUACCAUCUCAACAUAAAAUUCAAAUAAUUACAUUAAAUGUUAAUGGUUCUUAUAAAGUAAUUGAUUUAAAUAAACAAGCAUUAACUAAUGGUAAAAUUUAUCAUGAAGCAUUAAUAGGAAUAUUUGACUAUAUUCACUCAGAUGGUAUUAUUAUUAAUGGGAAUUUAUUUAAUAUAGGAUUUCAAUUAAAUCAACCAUCAACAAGUAUCAUUGAUAAAAUAUCACAAUAUUUUUAUGAACAUUCUUUAUUACCAAGUAAUACUUUUGUUCCAGUUAUUGCUGAGUAA